AUGACUCGAGGAGUGUUCACUCUCUUAUUGGUUGUCUGUGUGACAGCAACUAUCACUGAAGGUUAUGGCUCUUAUCGUCAUGGAGGCUAUGUUGGACAUACCGGUUUAUACAAGAACCAUCUUACUAGUUAUAAGGAUCUGUUAACUGGAUAUGGCAACGAUCACGCUGCAGAUCAUAUUUACCACUCCGGACAUUUUCAUAAAAUAGUGGUUGGACGUCUCUAUAGGCGCUUUCAUCAAUUCGGUAUCGAUUUGAUAGGAAAUGGCCUCCGAUACAAAAACUACUAUUUUGCACGUAAAUGUGAACCUCUGAAGUUAUAUAAUGCAUUCAGUUCAUGUUUUAAUGAAUAUGGAAGGAUAGGAGAUUGUUUCCCAGGUCUUAUCAAGGAUGGGCUGAUUGGAAAUCAACACCACUACCAGAGAUAUGGUCGUAGCUAUGGACUCGGGGUUAAAUUUGUGAGAAGAGGCAUUAUUUACCAUAAAACCGUUUACCAUUACCAUGUAAGAUCACUGCAGUUUAUAUGGACAAUGACAUCUUGUUAUAAUUCAUUCCAUCAUGCAAGCAUUUGUGUGCCAAAACUACAAAAGCAAGGUUUGAUCGGAGCACCCCAUCCUUUAACUGGUUAUGUAGGACGUUCUACUGGUUACCAUGGCUUUAAAAUAGUACAUGGUCGUUUCAGCUACCAUGGACAUGCGUACAAGUUGAGCUGCAGUACAACUCGUUUUUACAGUGUGUGGAAUAAAUGUUACAACCAAUAUCACAGUGUGGGUCGGUGCUUCGGAUAUCUACAACAGAAACAUCUGUUUGUUUCAUAUUCCUCUACCUCAAUAGUAGGCUACCAUGGAUAUGAUCAGCUUGGAUUCAAAAUAGUUCAUGGAGGAUUCUCAUAUCACGGAAAAGCUUACACACUGAAAUGUAGUGAGAGCAGAUUUUAUAAAGUAUGGGAUGAUUGUUACGGACAUUACCACAAAGGCAGUUUGUGCUUUGACAGACUAUUUAAACAGGGUCUUUUUGGUUACAAUGUAGACAGUGACUAUGCCCAUGGUGAUAUCGAUUACCUUGGUUAUUACAACAGUCAUCACGGAUUUCCAUUAGUUCAUGGAGGAUUCACUUACAGGGAUAUUGCUUACAAAUUGAGCUGCAAUACGGACCGUUUCUACAGAUCAUGGCACGAUUGCUACGACUCAUACCACAGUGUAGAUGUAUGUUUUGGACGAUUGUACAAAAGCCAUCUGUUUGUGUCUCUAGACCAUGGAGACAAUUACUCUGUACACACCAAUUACCAUGGAUACAAAUAUCUUGGAUUCAAGUUACAUCAUAGACGAUUUAGCUAUCAUGGAAAAGCUUACAGACUGAAAUGUAGCACAAGACGUUUUUAUGGUUUGUGGGACGACUGCUAUAACCAUUACCACAGCAGAAGUCUGUGCUUCAACAAAAUCUAUAAACAACAUUUCUUUGGCUAUUACCAUGGUUCAUCUUCAAUAGUUCAUGGUGGUGAUUACGUUGACGACUUUGGAUACUAUAAGGCUCAUCAUGGAUUCAGUAUUGUUAACGGGGGAUUCUCCUACAACGGAGCAGCCUACAAGCUCAGUUGUAGUAGAACACGUUUUUACAAAGCUUGGAGAUCUUGUUACGGCACUUACCAUAGUGUAGAUGUAUGUUACGGACGAUUGUUGAACGACCAUCUUUUUGUUGCUCUAGGUGGUCACCAUGGAUACCAUAACUAUCAUGGAUACAAAUACCUCGGAUUCAGAAUACGUCACAGAAGAUUUUCAUAUCUUGGAAAAGCUUACAAAUUGAAAUAUGGAAGAAGGCGUUUUUAUAAAUUGUGGGACAGUUGUUACAAUCAUUACCAUGACAGAAGUGUGUGCUUUGGCAAUCUCUUCAAGCGACACAUCUUCGAUUACUAUGGUGAUUACAGUCAUGCUCACAUAGGUGCUAGUUACCGAGGAGACUAUGGAUAUUAUAAAACACAUCAUGGAUUUAGUAUUAUUGGCGGGAACUUCCUUUAUAAAGGAGCAGGUUUCAAACUGAGUUGCAGCAAAGCACGCUUUUAUAGCGCAUGGAAUUCUUGUUACCGAUCAUACCAUAAUAUUGAUAGAUGUUUUGGCACACUUUUCAAUGCACAUCUUUUUAUAAGAGCAGGUCCAGAUUAUGAUUAUAGUUUUCUGAGAAAAAGUCUUUACCUUCAUCGAAAGAUUGCAGCUCACCAUGUGAAUAAGAUCCACGCUAUUGCCAAUUCUCACGUAGGAAGGAUAAACCUUGUAGCACAUACCCAUUCCAGAAAUAUAAACCACGUGGCCAACACACAUGUUAACAGAAUAACAUCUGAAGCCAAUAGUCACAUUAAAAGAUUUUUGAAAAUUGCAAAUAGCCAUCUCUACCGUCUACAGAAACAUUCUAAAAUACAUCUACACUCGCUAGAGGUACAACACAAGCGUCAUCUAUUGGAGCGUGAACACCAACACAAAACACAUGUGGUUAAUAAAGAAAUAUUAAAUCACAAACAUGAGCACGCAAUUGCAUCGGCCCAUCAUUUUGCAAAAGGAGGUGUAUAUGCACCAGCCGGAACAGUGAUUAAGACAGUCAGCCAUGAUUCUUACGGGGAUUAUAAAUAG